UCAAUAUGGAGUCUAAAAACAACGAUUUGAUCGAGGUUUUGAUUGCCGAUUCUGCGGCGUUUCUGAAGAAUGUUGCCUUGCAAAACAUUGCGAGAAAUGUUUAUACUAUUAACGAAGUGGUAGGAGAAAUUAAAAGUGCUGCAGCUCGUCAAAGAUUGGCUGUUUUACCCUAUGAAAUAUCAUUCAGAGUACCUUCGUGCGAAUCAAUACACGUGGUGUCAGAAUUUGCCAAGAAAACUGGUGACUUUCAAACUCUUUCCCUGGUUGAUCUUAAACUCUUGGCGCUUACAUACCAACUUCACAAAGAACAUUCUGGGAUCGAUGGUCUUCAAACAGAACCAACUAAUAAGGUCGAGGUCAUUGACAAGCGCAUUCAAGGCUGUAUUCCCGGAUUUUACACCAAAAGUCAGAGUUCUGAAAACAAAACUGAAACAUUAGAUGCAUGUGAAGAUGCAAACUUAAGCAAAGAAGUCCAUGAACUUGAUGGAAACCUGAAAAAGUGUUCUCUUGUGGAAAAUGACUCUCAGAAUGAACAAGUGAAUAAUGUUGAAUUUGGCAAUAUCUAUGAUGAAAAGAAAACAUUACGCAAUGACAUUGGAGGACAAGAAUCCAUUCCAGAGGUCAUCAACCAUGUGAUGAUGGAAAAUAAUCAGAAUAAUAUCAACAAGUUUACCAACACCACGAUUGUUGAUGCUAUUGAUGAAAUUGUGUGUGAAAAAAAGGACGACCUCCAGAAAGAAAACAACAUCCAUCAUAAUAGUAAAACUGAUGAAGUCAGUAGUUAUGACUGUUAUUAUAAUGAUGAGGAUGAUGAUGGUGAAGGGUGGAUAACACCUGACAAUAUUGGCCAAGUGAAAGCUGAAUUUGGUUUAACAGAAGCUCAAUCAAAGCCAAUUGGUGUUAGAGUAGGAUGUCUAACUACUGACUUUGCAAUGCAGAAUGUUCUUAUUAAAAUGGGACUUCAUGUCAUCUCUGUUGAUGGAAUGUUGAUCAGAGAGGCUCGCAGCUACGUCCUUAAGUGUUAUUCUUGUUUCAAGGUGACCUCACAAAUGGAGAGGAUAUUUUGUCCCAAGUGUGGCAACAGAACAUUGGUAAAAAUCUCUGUAGAGGUGGAUGCAGAUGGGGUGACACGAUAUCAUGUGCCCAAGAGAAAUAGACCAUUUAACAUUCGAGGCAAAAAGCAUCCUCUGCCGCUGCCCAAAGGUGGACGCCACAAUAACAAUCCGCUUUUGUUCGAAGAUCAACUUAUCACGCAACGACGUCUUCCGAAACCCAAGGACAAGGUUAACAUACUCGAUGAAGAUUACGUCGUUAGGUCUUCGCCGUUUGCCGUCAACAACACGACUUCGCGCGCUUUCAAUUUAGGAUUUCAUGUUCGCAAUCCAAACAGACGUAAUCCUAACGAAGCACGAAAGAAAACACGACGAAAGAAAUAAUAUCGCAAGUUGAGCUGAAAUUUUAGUCAUUUAUAACUUGAAAGAACGUUUAGUUUGUCUAGAUAAUGGGCUGUUUACGAUGGUUUUUUGAACAACAAUUAAAGGACAAUGAAAGCAUUUCAUGUCAACCAUCGUAACACAAGAUAUGCGGCAAAAAAUAAUAUUUAUUGUGACUAUUCUACUAAAUUUAUUAUUUGAAGGCUACCUUUAUAUGAACAUGCCUGCACUUGUGUGAAGCUAAAUUUUAAUUUAACUCCAAGACAUGCGUCUCUCAAAUUUUAGCUGACUCUCGUAAACAAACUUCCUUUGGGCUGUGUGUGAGAAGGUUGGAACUAGUUAAAUAGCUGGUUAUAAAUUUUGGCGGGAAGUAGCCUUCCAGUUACAUUCAGUUCGUUGAUUAAAGAUUAAAACCAGUAAUUAAAACUAAAACCAAUAAUCGAAACAAAACGAAUUGUGUUGAAGAGAUCACGUGAUUUCGUACGCUUCCACUUCACUGGAAGAGUUUUCAUUAUGCUGUCUUCAGUAAAAAAAACUCGCGCUCUGUCUUAUACGUAGUACACUGAAUACGCCCCCGCUAUAGAAUGAGAAAUGCUGAUAUUUUUCACUCGCCACUUUCCACAAAGAUUGAAUAAACUGUUAGGCCUUUUUUGAUGUAAAUGAAAUAAAUUUUUUUUUUGCAAA